AUGCUUUCGCUACCGGCACACGAUUUCCGUUCUCAACUUGGGGCAGAGUUCUCAACUCAAGGUAAUUCUUCCAGGUUAGCGGAGUUUGUAACCUGAAUCGUUUGUAACCUGACGUGUUUGUAAGUCGAGGUCCCACAGUACUGCGCUGAAAUUUAAAUUUAGACCAGCCAGACUGAGCCAAAUUCUGAUGGUGUGUGUCCCCCCCUACCCAAGAGAUAGUAACUUCUGCUUAUAUUUAAAUUUAGACCAGCCAGAUUAAGACAAAUUCUGAUGGUGUCUCCCCCCCCCCCCCCCGAGUCUUUAUUUUUCUCUCGUGGAGUUUAAAAACAGCUUAAAACAACUUACAACCACAAUAUGUUCAGAGUCUGAAGUGCAGCCUUGAUUGCUAGCAAAAGCCAUCCACGUUUGUCUGGGGACAUUUUUCUGAUCUUGACAGAGUGCCAAUUUUAUAACAGAACAAUGCAUUUGCUUUGUAGGGUUUGCCAGCACCUCUAAUUCGGACGGGAAGAACUUUGCAGAAGAAAAAAGGGACUCCUUCUCAUCUCUUGGAAGCUUCCUGAGAGCACAGAUGGAUGAGCAAGACUCGGCUGGACCUAAAGCAGGAAUAGGCCCGGCCACUGAAGAUGGGAGCACUGAGGGAUUCUGGGAAAACGCUAUGCGGAAGAUCCUGGGUGAGGAGGACACCCUCUGCUCAGAUGUUCAGAGCCAGCAGCUCAAGCAGUUCUACCAGGAGGCCAAAGGACCCCGAGAGGUUUGCAGCCGACUCUACCACCUUGUCUGUCAGUGGCUGAAGCCAGAAAGGAACACAAAAGCUGAGAUGCUGGACAUGGUGAUCUUGGAGCAGUUCCUGGCUGUCCUUCCACCCGAGAUAGAGAGCUGGAUGAGGGAAUGUGGAGCGGAGACCAGUUCCCAGGCAGUGGCCCUGGCCGAAGGUUUCCUCUUGAGUCAGGCAGAGGAGAGGAAGCAGGCAGAGCAGCAGGUGAGAGAGACUUUCCUCUGGAAACUCCCAAGGGGCUCCAAACCAGAGCAAGAGUAUCCCAAAAUGUGGUACUAAUGUCCCAUCCCUUUAUGGAUCGGAUCCUAGGAAUGCGAUCUGGUACCCCUAGAGUGUUUGCCUCUUCCGUUACUUUUCUAAUCCUCCUCCCAAUUAUCUCUUUUGUUUUGUUUUGUUUUUAAAUAAUAUUUAUUGCUUUUAAGAAUUACAAAAGAGGAAAAGAAAAGAAAAGAAGACAAAAGAGCAAAAAAAGACAAUACAAUACAAUAUAUCGACAAUACAAAACACAACCUAAACCCAUUAAACUAAACACAUUAAACUAAACUAAACAAAAUCCAAUCCCUAACCCUAAAUGAAAAAAAGGGGGGAAAACAAAAACAAUUUAAAAACAUACAUCACAUCUUUUCCAUACUCUAUCUUUCAUUCCCUUGUUUCCUCAACCUCCUCUCACCUCCCUUUUUGUAUUCCACUUCUGUUAAUUGUUUCAGCAAAUCCUUUCCAUCUUUCUCUAUUUUUAUCAUAUUAUAAAUAACAUAUUUUUUAACCUUAUUUUCCAUUAAAACUAAAAAACUUAUAUAUGCUUAACUCCUUAUAACAUUUCUGCUAAGGCCAUAAAAUAUCAUUCCACCAUUUUUCUAUCACUUAUUAAUUUUACAAUAUUUCUAUAUAUAAACUUUAAAUUUUCCAAUCUUCUUCCACCAUCUCCUCUCCCUGGAUUCGGAUUCUGCCAGUCCUUUCCGUCAAUUCCAUAUAGUCCAUCAACCUGGAGAACUUAUGUCCGAGGCCCUUAACUCUUUUCCAGGUCCCUUCUGCAGGUCUUCUUCAUAUUCUUUAAUGCUAAAGAGCAAAUCUCGGGAAAACUCCAACCUAACAAUACUUUUAUUCCUUCUGGUCAGCCAAAUUUCCAUAGUUGAAGCUAAGAUCCAUAGAGUAUUUCAGGACGUGUUUCGAGAUUCCUCCAAAUCCAAAAGCCCCCAAAACUUCAAUCUCCUCCAGACCCAAGUCCAUGUCCCAGAGGUCAGUUAAUCCCUGCAUAGAGGGAUCUUUUCCAACUUUCCUUCUUCAAUCCGAGCCGGGAUCCAAUCCUCAAAAUCUGACUUUUUCUAGAGUCAAUCAUAAAAGGCCUCAACUUGUAGUCCUCAAUUUGCUUCUGUAAGACUAAGGAUCCCGCUGGUAUUACUUUAGGUGCUUUCUCCUUCUCCUCCACAAUUUGUCCUACCAAAAUAGAUUCCUGUACCAAGUCCUGAAUUAUUUCUGUGUUGGUGCUCACUUUUUGUCUCAAGUUAAUCACUUUCUGUUCCAAGUUAUCAAUUUUAAAAGUCAUGUCAUCGGUCUUCUUAUGAAGCUGUUCCAGCGAAUAGCUUAUCUUACAUAAUACAGUCACAAUUGCUUCUCCUGUCAACAUUUUUAAAUGGUCCAAGGUCAAUCUCUGGUUCUCACAAUUCCUUAUCUUGCAGCUGGUGAUUCACCAGUUACACUCCUGUAACAGUUUCAAAAGCUCCCUCUAGAGGGAAACAGUUUCCACUUGUAUCAAUCCUUUCAAACACAACUCAAACCAUAAAAAUAGUUUCAAUUUUCAGUUACUUUUCCUCCUUUUUAAACGCAGAAGAAGACAAUGGAAACAGUAUCUUUCUCUUAUUUAGCUAGCUGUCAAAUAUGUUUUGUUCGCAAUUAAUGAACUCUUUCUGGCAGCCCGUUUCCAGGUUCAGAGCAGUGGUAAUUUGAUUUUUCACUCUCUCCUGCAGGCUCUCUAGGUCCAAAAUUUCCCCCCCUCUUCUCCUGCUUCCAAAGGGAGUUUUGUAAUUUUAACUGAUGGAGAUUUAAUCCUUUGCCAAAAACUUUCAAAGACUUUAGCUUGUAACGUCUUUGCUUCAAUCUAUUUACAAAAGAGGAAGGCGGACUUCCUGUUUAAGACCUUCCCGCUUCAGUGCCAAAUUAAGGUAUUUAAAGAUCCAAUUUUCCGUUCUACUCACGGGUAGUUGUUUAAAGUCCAAUUGUCCACAGGAAAAAGUCAGCGCUCUCCGGCAACAGCAAUGCGGCUUCACUCCGUGAAAGAAGCAGUCAAUUCGAAGCACCGCGCCACUCACCCCACGUCGCUCCGGAUCCCCAAAACAGGGUUUCCCCGCGAGUAGGGGAGGCACAAAAGGUACCCGCCGAAUCCCAAGUUCACAAGCUUCUCCCGCUUGUGAUUUCAAUGGGUCUCCGCCUUCGCCGUGGCGGUCAGACCCUGCUUUCCACGGAGCAAGUUCCUCCCAAUCGGAGGAGCUCCGCCAUUGCCGGAGGCGCCAACCCGGAAGUCGUGCCAAUUAUCUCUUUUGAAUCUUUGUUGCUCUUUCAGGGAAAGGAUCUGAUGGCAGAAAUGGGUCCCGAUUCCUCAGAGGCAAGGAGGACUCCGAUGGAAACCAGAGAGAGACCACUGGGUAAGGAGAGUGUUAUUUCUCUCUUUGGUCACAUCCUAGGGAUUCGAUUCCGUGGGUUCUUUUCCUCUUUUAUGGGGAUGUGGUUGGGCCCAAGAGCCCAAAGGAGCAGAGAUGUAUUUUUGCACAACUAAAAGAUGAAGUUGUACAAAUGUCUCAGUAGGAUAGACUUCUUCAAAAGUCCAUCUGAAAUUAGAGAUGCAGUCCUGAACAUCGGAGAAAAGCAGGCAUUCAUGGCUUCCCACUUCCCUUUGUCUCUGGCAGGUGACCGGAUGAUGCCAGCAAGACCUCAUGCGUCUUUUCAUGGUGGAGAAGGGGAAGCAGCGGCUAUAGAAGCAGAUCAGGUAGGGGGCAUGAGACUUGUAGGGAGAGAGGCCGAGGGGUGGGGCAGCCAGAAUGCUUGGAAGAAAAAAAUGUGGAGUUCCACCCAUUUACACAAAGAUUAGGACCCAUCAUUAAAAUAAUAAAGUAAUUCCAGCAAGAUGUUAAAAUAAGCAUUCAUACCAUGUGGAGCAAAACAAUCCCAUUUAAACAACACAGCAAUUAACAGGCAGAAAACAACGGAGCAAUGUGUGGUAGAUCAUCUUUAUGCUGUCUAAGAGGAGGACAUUUCCCUUUUUCUUUCAGGGUCUGGUGUGCUUUGAGGAUGUCGCUGUUAAUUUCACGGACAAGGAGUGGGCGUUGCUGGAUCCUGACCAGAGAGCUCUGUAUAAGGAGGUCAUGGAGGAGAAUCAUGGACUCCUGGAUUCUCUGGGUAAGAUUCUCUGAGGAUCAUCAUAUCUGUUUUGAAAUUCCAUAAAUCUCUCCUUGCGAUGAAUCUCCAAGGUUUGGAUGGAACUCAGUAGCGCCACCUACACCACCUGGAAAUCUAAUGCCCCCAGAAAUCAUUUGGAAUGGAGGGUGAUUGGCGGUGUUGUCUGCGAAUAUCUGUCAGUCAAUGGAGACAGAGCAGAUUUCGUGAUUGGGCCAAACAAAAUUAAUUGAAUCUCAGGUUCCCGUAAGUAUGUCAGCUAAUACCAGCCAACAAAGGCAGUUAACUCUGUAGUAAGAAUUCCCAUCUAAUCCCCUUCAUUUCUUCUUAUUUCACAACUGUUCAUUAGCGAUGUUCAAUAAUCAACAAUUGUGAACGGUCGUUCUUCCUGGGGCUCUAAUUAGUUUCUCUCUAUAUAUACAGUCAUACCUUGGAACUUGAAUGCCUUGGUACGUGUAUGCUUUGGCUCCCAAAUGAUUGAAAAUUCAAAAUGAGUGUUCCGGUUUUCGAACGAUUUUCGGAAGUCAAAUGGUCAGCGCAGCUUCCAAUUGAGUACAGGAAGCUAAGUCAAUUGGAAGCAGCGCCUUGGUUUUUGAUCAGUUCUGGGAGUCGAACAGAACCGUUCGAGAACCAAGGGACAACUGGAUAUUAGUGUAACAAUACCACUUAACAUCUAUAUGAUAUAAAAGGGAAAUUUAUUUUUAUUACACUGCAUUUGUUCCACAAUUUUUUUCCUCUUUUAAAAAUCGUUCUUCCACACACUCUUUCCCUUUUUUAUUCCUUUCUCUUGUAUUACAUCUUUAUGAACAAAAUAUAUUUCAAUAAGAUAUUAAUAUUUUAAAAUGCAGUGGUACCUCGGUUUUCAAACAGCUUAGUUCUCAAACUACUUGGAACCCGAACACUUCAAACCCAGAAAUGAGUGUUCCAGUUUUUGAACCCUUUUCGGAAGCCAAACGUGCUCCAAUUUGAGUGCACACUUCUGUUUUGAGCGAGCAGCUUGUCCCAGCAGUGACUGCCACCACUACCUUACCUUCCCUUCCCUUCCCUUCCCUUCCCUGAUGGGAAGCGCCUCUUUCCUUGCUACAAAGUGGAGUUGGGUGGCUCCUCAGAAUGUAAGUGACUCCGGAGUAGGGAGACUUGGAAGUUGGCGACUCUCCCCCAGCGGUGGGGGAACUAUGCUGGGCAGGUUGACCUUCCCAUCCCUUUGCCUUCCUUCCCUCCCCUCGUCCCAAGCCCGACCCCAAGCAAGAUCUAGGCAAAGCAGCAUGGGUGCUACAUUCCCGAGCAGGAGAUAGGGGCGCUCGCACUGUGCGCAGGCUCCAGCCCACCUGACUCAGCAUCUGGCAGCUAGGAGAGCAGCAGCUGCCGCCUCCUCUCUGCGCUCUGGUGCUGCUGCUGCAUUCCUGUUCCAUCACGCCAGGGAUGUGCAGGCAGUACCGCCCUGGCUGGCCCAAGGCUGCCGCUUUGACAUGCUGCCCAAAGUGGAGACAGAAGCCCUGGGACUCGCCCAGGUGAAUGGGGAGCAUGGGCAGAUGCUGGAAAACAUGCAGAGGGGAGAGCAAGCAAGCGAGAGAGCUGCUUUGGGGAGAGAGAAAUUUUCCCUCCCUUUCCUUCCUCCCACUUAAACUCCCCCCCCCCCCGCAUCCAGUUAGCCACAUCCUUCCCCACACGCAUCCUACGUGCACUCCUCUUCCCUCCAGUUUGAGUGUUUUCCGUUCCCCCCACUUAAACUCCCCUCCCGCAUCCAGCUAGCCACCUCCUUCCCCACAUGCACCCCUAGUCCCUCCAGUUUGAGUCCCCCCCUUAAACUCCCCUCUUCCACCCCUGUCCCUCCAAUGGCAAUGGGUAGAUCACUGCCAGCUUUUGAUACUGGGUAGUAGAUGGCACCCUCGUUGCUUUCAUUUUAUGGAUCAAUGGUCUCAUUAGAGAGUAAAAUUCAUGUUAAACUGCUGUUUUAUGGGUUGUUUUUAAUUGUCUGGAACAGAUUAAUCCAUUUCGCAUUACAGUGGUACCUCUAGUUACGAACUUAAUUUGUUCCGGAGAUCCGUUCUUAACCUGAGGCAUGCUUUCGCUAAUGGGGCCUCCCACUGCCGCCGCGCCGCUGGCACACAAUUCCCAUUCUCAUCCUGGGUCAAAGUUCUCAAGUCAAGGUAACUACUUCCAGGUUAGCGGAGUUUGUUACCUGAAGCAUUUGUAACCUGACGCAUUUGUAACUCGAGGUACCACUGUACUUUCUAUGGGAAAGCUCGCUUUGGUUUUGUUUUGUUUUUUGUUUUUUAUAAGAUAUUUAUUAAGAUUUUUUAAAAUAUUACAAUAAAAAUGAAGGAAAAAAACAAAAAUACAAAAUAAAAAUCGUUAAAAACACACAGAUUUUCCAUUACUUAUUUUCCUUUAGCUUGUUUCCCGGACCUCCUCAUACCUCCCUUUUUUGUAUUCCACUUCAGUCUGUUGGUUCAGCAAAUCCUUACCCUCUUUAAUUAUCCUAAUCCUUGAUCUUAAAAAUAAUAGCAUUAGAUUUUUACCUAUUUAUAACCCUUUUUUCAUAUUCCCUUAAAGCAUUACAGCUGGAAACCACUUAAUUUCUAUCCAACAUCAUUCUAACAUUCAUUAAUUUUACAAUAUUUCUGUAGAUAAUCUUUGAAUUUUUUCCACUCUUCUUCCACCGACUCUUCUCCCUGGUCUCAGAUUCUGCCAAUCAUUUCUCCCAAUUUCAUAUAGUCCAUCAGCUUCAUCUGCCAUUCUUCCAAAGUGGGUAAAUCUUGUGUCUUCCAAUACUUUGCAAUGAGUAUUCUUGCUGCUGUUGUAGCGUACAUAAAAAAGUUCUAUCCUUUGACACCAAUUGGCCGACUAUGCCCAGGAGAAAGGCCUCUGGUUUCUUCAAGAAGGUAUAUUUAAAUACCUUUUUCAGUUCAUUAUAUAUCGUUUCCCAGAAAGCCUUAAUCCUUGGGCACUUUGGUUUUGGGAUGCAAUUCAAGAACAGUUUAAGUUUGAGAACCAAGGUACCACUGUAAUUGGUUUUAUAAUUGCAGGUGGUGAUGAAAUGGAAAUUAAUAACAAGUGGGAGCAAUACAGAAUCCACACAGUGGAGAAGCAAUAUAAAUACUCAAAGUGUGAAGAGAGCUUUAGUCAGAGGUCCCAGUCCACUUCUCAUCAAAGAAAUCCCAUUGAGAAUAAACCCUAUCCAUGUUACGAAUGUGGAAAGAGCUUCAGCCAGAGCACCCAUCUCACUUCCCAUCAAAGAAGUCAUACAGGGGAGAAACGCUAUCAGUGCUUGGAAUGUGGAAAGACCUUCAGUCGGAGGGACUCUCUCACUUCCCAUCAAAGAAGUCAUACAGGGGAGAAACCCUAUCGGUGCUUCGAAUGUGGGAAGAACUUCAGUCAGAGCACCCAUCUCACUUCCCAUCAAAGAAUUCAUACAGGGGAGAAACGCUAUCAGUGCUUGGAAUGUGGAAAGACCUUUAGUCGGAGCGACUCUCUCACUUCCCAUCACAGAAUUCAUACAGGGGAGAAACCCUAUCAGUGCUUGGAAUGUGGAAAGAGCUUUCGUCAGAGUGGUGAACUCACUUCCCAUCAAAGAAGUCAUACAGGAGAGAAACGCUAUCAGUGCUUAGAAUGUGGAAAGACCUUUAGUCGGAGCGAUUCUCUCACUUCCCAUCAAAGAAGUCAUACAGGGGAGAAACCCUUUCAGUGCUUGGAAUGUGGAAAGACCUUCAGUCGGAGUGACUCUCUCACUUCCCAUCAAAGAAGUCAUACAGGGGAGAAACCCUAUCAGUGCUUGGAAUGUGGAAAGAGCUUCAGUCAGAGCAGCAAUCUCACUUCCCAUCAAAGAAGUCAUACAGAAGAGAAACGCUAUCAGUGCUUAGAAUGUGGAAAGACCUUUAGUCGGAGCGACUCUCUCACUUCCCAUCAAAGAAGUCAUACAGGGGAGAAACCCUAUCAGUGCUUGGAAUGUGGAAAGAGCUUUAGUCAAAGCACCUCUCUCACUUCCCAUCAAAGAAGUCAUACAGGGGAGAAACCCUAUCAGUGCUUCGAAUGUGGAAAGAACUUCAGUCAGAGCACCCAUCUCACUUCCCAUCAAAGAAUUCAUACAGGGGAGAAACCCUAUCAGUGCCAGGAAUGUGGAAAGAGCUUCAGUCGGAGUAGCAAUCUUGCUUCCCAUCAAACAAUUCAUACAGGGGAGAAACGCUAUCAGUGCUUGGAAUGUGGAAAGAGCUUCAGUCAGAGCAACUCUCUCACUUCCCAUCAAAGAAUUCACAGUGGGGAGAAACCCUAUCAGUGCCAGGAAUGUGGAAAGAGCUUCAGUCACAACGGCUCUCUCACUUCCCAUCAAAGAAGUCAUACAGGGGAGAAACCCUAUCAGUGCUUGGAAUGUGGAAAGAGCUUCAGUCGGAGUAGCAAUCUUGCUUCCCAUCAAAGAAGUCAUACAGGGGAGAAACGCUAUCAGUGCUUGGAAUGUGGAAAGACCUUCAGUCGGAGUGACUUUCUCACUUCCCAUCAAAGAAGUCAUACAGGGGAGAAACCCUAUCAGUGCCAGGAAUGUGGAAAGAGCUUCAGUCACAGCUACAAAUUCACUUCCCAUCAAAGAACUCACAGUGGGGAGAAACCAUAG